AUGUUGCUCAAGUCAAUUCAAUCGACAAGAUCUGUUUAUUUGUCCAACCUGCUGAGGAAUGGUAUCAAAUUUAGGUAUCUGGCAACCAAGUCCACGGCCAGUGUUAAUGAGAAGUCGCUGAAGGAUUCAGACUUAAAUCUAAGGACUAUGAAGGCACCAUCUAGUCCACAAGAUCCAUCACGCUACUUAAGAAGGACUAUAUCUCCAAAGUAUAAGCGAGCCUUUGCAUCCGCUAACGAUGAUGAUCUGGAAAAAGUCCUCACUAGCUUCCUGAGGGUCAAGCCAUGUACGACUGUUACGACCGGUGAGAGGUACGAUCUGAGGAAAUGCAUCCAAUUGUUACAUGCUAAAGGAUUCCAACCAAUCAGUUUAAUUCCUGAUGAAAUCAUAACCUUUAAGUACCAAGGUGACGGUUACAAAGGUGAUGUUAUGAUUAUCAGUCAAAAUGCUUCAGUGGUUAGCUGGGGAUUUGAUGAAACGUUUGUUAGCCAAAACAUUUUGCAUUUGGUGGAAGAAGCUCGUAUCAACCCUUUGGCUCAAGAUGCUUUUGAAACAGAAGAUAUGGACUAUGUUGAAGUGGAAAAUUACGAACAGUUUCAAAGUAUAAAUUCAAAAGCCUCUAGUUCGGCUACUGUCGGUGCAACUCUUGCCAAAUACGGUGAAACCAGUUUCCUCGCUGGAGAUCUGAUCGUAAUAAACUCUACUGAUCCUGACUCUGGUAUGCUAUACAAGGCUGCAUAUUCCAGUGGUCUUGCUAGGAGUACCAGCUUGGCCGUUUUAGAGAACUCAAUGGAAGCUCACAUUUCUAGGACAAGAAUUAUUACAGAAAAGAUUUCGAGGGGAGUUAAGUUAAAUCUCAAUGAGGGAGAAGCUCUGCGAUCAAUUGGAAGAUUAUUUUUAAUCAGAGGGAGAUUGAAUUUGUAUUCAGAACUGAUAGAGACCCCUGAUUUAUACUGGAGUGAGCCAUUGCUGGAGAGAAUUUUCAAGCAAACGUCGAGAUACUUGGAUAUCGGUCCUAGGAUCAAUAUUCUCAAUACCAAGUUGGAUUACUCGACUGAUGAGUGUCGCGCUCUCAUGGGAGUUCUAAGUGAGAAAAAGGGAACUUUCUUAGAGUGGAUCAUCAUAUAUCUUAUCUCUCUGGAAAUCAUUUUUGAGAUAUAUCACUUCUAUGAAAGAUAUUAUCUCGAUACAAGACCAGCAUUUGAGACAGACAAUUAA